AAACACACAAAAACUCAACACAAUUUCUCUUAUGAGAAUGGCUUUUCCCAAAUAUCUUGCAGUUUUCAUUGCCCUAGUCGCAGUUUUCAAUAUUAGUAAUGCACAAGGCUUGAAGCUCGGCUUCUACCGCAAAACAUGUCCUUCAGUCGAGGCUAUCGUGAAAAAGACUACAGCCCGUGUCAUUUCUCGAGCCCCAACUCUCGCUGCUCCUUUGCUCAGAUUGCAUUUUCAUGAUUGUUUUGUUAGGGGAUGUGAUGGUUCUGUGCUAAUAAACUCUACAAGGAACAACCAAGCUGAGAAAGAUGCAAUUCCUAAUCAAUCCCUAAGAGGAUAUGGAGUAAUCGAUCGAGUCAAAUCUGCAGUGGAAAAGAAAUGUCCUGGUGUCGUCUCUUGUGCUGAUAUUUUAGCCUUGACGGCCCGAGACGCAGUUUCACUGAUUAAAGGGCCAAUCUGGAAAGUUCCGUUGGGACGAAGAGAUGGAAGAGUGUCGAUCAUUACGGAGGCUUUGAUCAAUCUGCCACCUCCUUUUGCUAACAUUACUCAACUCAAAGCAUCAUUUGCCUCCAAGAAUUUGACUACAAAGGACCUAGCUGUUCUGUCGGGAUCACACACCAUAGGAACUUCUCACUGCUCCAGCUUCUCAAGCCGUUUGUACAAUUUUACUGGCAGAAACGACACCGAUCCUACGUUAGAUCCAAACUACAUUAUUCGAUUGAAGAGCAAAUGCAAGCCAGCAGACCUCACAACACUUGCGGAGAUGGAUCCCGGCAGCUUUAAAACAUUCGACGAAGACUAUUAUACACUAGUAGCUAAAAGAAGAGGGUUAUUUCAAUCUGAUGCAGCUCUUCUUGAUGAUCCUGAGACAAAAGCUUAUGUUAAACUUCAAGCCACUUCCCAUGGAUCAACUUUCUUUAAGGAUUUUUCAAAAUCUAUGGUGAAAAUGGGUAAGAUUGGUGUUCUUACUGGAAAUGCUGGAGAGAUCAGGAAACGAUGCGCUUUUGUCAAUUAAGAGCAUGAGAAAACGGCUUCCUUUGGGGUUUUUUGGGUAGUACGAAGAGUCAUACUAUUUGCUGACAAGCAUUUGUAUGUAUUAAUGUUAUUGUUUAUUAUUCGUUUUGUUGUGACGCGAAAUAAAUGGAAUAAAACAUGUAUGAGGAAUCAAAAAAGUUUGUGAUUGAUCCUUU